GUUUCGACAGCAGAGGAGAUAAUUGGCCACUUUGAAGGCGAGUGUGCUGACCUUGUGGUCUGCGAUGGUGCUCCAGAUGUUACUGGAUUGCAUGAUCUUGAUGAAUACAUUCAAGCACAACUGUUAUUAGCUGCUCUGAAUAUAACAACACAUGUUUUGAAAAAGGGUGGCACUUUUGUUGCAAAAAUAUUUCGAGGGAAGGAUGUUACUCUGUUAUACUCACAAUUAAAAAUAUUUUUUGAAAACGUCACUGUGGCUAAACCUCGCAGCAGUAGGAACUCAAGUAUAGAGUCAUUUGCUGUGUGUGAAGGGUAUGCUCCUCCGGACGGAUAUGUACCGAACAUGAUGAAUCCUUUACUAGAUUUGCAAUAUG